ACUGCUUAUUGUCUAUGAGGCACACUUCAGUAGCACUUACGUGCCAAUAAAGCUUAGAUGCGUGAACAAAUUUGAAUUUCACAACAUGGAUAUCUCGAAAAAUAUAAAAUUCGCCGAUAUCUGUUCGAUGCUCGACAAAGUGAAGAAUGCUAAAAAUCAAGCUUCAAAAGAAAAGAUAUUACGUCGCUAUUAUGAGUCGUUUCUAAAGUUUCGACAAAUAUUCCGCAAAGAACAAGGGAUCCCUGUGGAUAGUCCUGAGGAUGGCAGCUCCAGUUUUUUCUGCGUGCUCAGAUGUCUGAUUCCGCGGGAAGACAUGUCACGAAAGGCAUAUGGAUUGCAAAUAACAACGCUCGGUAGCGUGUACAGUGACGUACUACAGCUUUCGAAGGAUUCCAACGAUGUGCAGCGUUUACAAGCGCGUGCCUAUAAUGGAUCACAAGGGGACUAUGCAGAUAUCGUAUAUGCAGUGCUGAUGCCUCGUUGCAGGCACGAACCAAGUGAACUCUCUCUGUACGAAGUGCAUCAGAUGUUAGAUUCUAUUGCUGAAGACGAUCGACAAGAUACAAAAAAGGUACUAACCCGAUUAACUGAAAUAGCCUCGGCUCAAGAGCAAAUGUGGUUCAUACGCCUACUGCUGAAGAACAUGCACCUCGGGAUUGGCGCACAACGUAUUUUCGCGCUCAUGCAUGCACAAGCUAGAGAUUUGCAUAGACGUUGCUCAAAUUUGAAGCGCGUGUGUUGUCUGCUGGCGGAUAAUAAAAUAGAUAGUGUAUACAUAAAAGCAGAAGUCGUACCUGGCGAUUCGAAAAUAAAUGUCGCCAGCGGCACCUUUAAUAUAAAUAAAAUUGUAGAACCCUUUCAACACAUACAGGGAAUGUUGUGUGAAAAGUUUCAUGGUAGUAUUGACAAAUUAAUGGCUGAUGACGUGCUUUACUUAGAGACAAAAAUGGAUGGUGAACGUUUUCAACUGCAUUAUGCAAAUGGGCGUUUCAAAUAUAUAUCCCGCAACGGAAUUGAUUACACCCAAUGCUUCGGUGAAGACUAUAAGAGUGGUAGGUUCACGCCUCUACUUCAGUCGCUCUUACCUAGCGAAAUGCAGUCCAUAAUACUCGAUGGCGAAAUGAUGGUAUACGAUAUGCAGCUAAAAUGCUUUCGUGACAAAGGCGAGAAUACAGACGUUAAGCAUUUGGAUAACAAAUUGAAUUGGCGACCUUGUUUUGUGGUAUUCGAUGUGCUCUACUUUAAUGGCAAUAGUAUGUUGGAAAUGCCAUACGCACAACGCUGCCAGAAGGUCGUCGAGCUUAUUAGAGUACAGCAGCCAGGAAUAUUGCAAAUCAUGCGGCCAACUAAGUUAACAACGGUGGAGCAGUUUCGGCAGCUCUUUCAGCAAGCAUUGGAUGAAAAACAGGAGGGAGUCGUGCUGAAGAAGCAAAACUCUAUCUACCGCCCAAAAAUACGCAAUGGAAGUGGCUGGUAUAAAAUAAAAGCCGAUUACAUUACUGGAUUGACAACUGAGUUCGAUUUACUUGUAAUUGGUGGUUUCUACAAUCGAACGCGUACAUUUAUUAAGUCUUUUUUGCUAGGUGUGCUCAAAUACAUCUCGGACACACAAUUUGCCGUUUACAGCGUCGGUAAGGUUGACAAUACAACCAGGGAGAGAAAGCGGCUGAAUGACGCUCUCAAACCGCAUUGGCAAGAUAGGCAAAUGGAACCACCACCCGAUUGGUAUAAUUAUAAACAGUCCCGUGCUGAAGGCAGACCUGAUGUGUGGAUUGAGCCAAACAAAUCUGUAAUAUUGCAAAUCAGAGCAACUGAUUUGGCACCUUCUGCAGCCUUUGCUCUUCCUAAAUCGUUGCAUUUCCCGCGCAUAGAAUGGUGGCGUAACGACAAAAUGUGGAAUGAGUGUCUUUCGCUGCACGAUUACAUGGAAAUGUUUCAGGGUGAAAGGGGUCUCAAAAAGAUACAUAAGCGCGGCGUUGAAUUGGGAGAUUUAACGGCACCACAAAAGAUACGUAAAUUAACUGACGCAGAGCGUCGUAAAUUGGGCCGCCAGUCCUAUGAGCGCCGUUUUAAUGAAGCUGAGAUUGAAGUAUCUUCAAAGCUAUUCGAAGGGUACUCGUUUUGCAUACUGAGUGCAAGUUUAAAGAACGGCUAUAUGCCGGAGACACUAAAAGCGAUGGUGGUCCGUAAUGGCGGUGAAAUAGUAGAAUAUCCCAUACAAGACUCCAAUUGUUUAUCAGUUGCGGGUGAUAGAACCUUUCGUGUCAAGCUUUUGUGUAAAUCGCGGCGUUACAAUAUUGCAAAAUUGGAGUGGUUGGUAGACACAUGCAAACGACAGGAAAUGCAAUUAACUCCCACAGAUAUGGUUUGUGUAACGAACGAGUUAGAAACUGAAUUUUCGCAAAUAUUCGAUAAAUAUGGCGACCCAUAUACGGAAUGUACAGAUGUUGAGCAAUUGAUGAAAGUCUUGGAUGGUAUUACAGACGAAGAUCUUGCAGUCGUGGAGCCUUCAGCCGCAGAUGCAGCUGAACUUGAAAUGAUUUUAUAUGAUGAAAACACGGAUUUCUUUAGCAAUUGCAAUGCUACAUUCUACAGCAUAGAUCAGUAUACGCAGCUAGCAAAAGUGAUUUACCAGUAUUUAGGAGGCCGGUGCUAUGAUGUCCCAAAUGAUGUUAACAUUCAAAGUAUUAAUUACGUUUUCAUCAACGCAAAUUUAAUUGAUAAAGUUAAAUUGAAAGCGUGGAUCUUAAAACGUUUUAAGAAUCAUUCAGGAAAUUUGCAUGUUGUAAAUAUUGCUUGGAUAAUACAUUCGCAGCGCGCUAAAAGGAAGCUGGAUGCAUUCGAAUAUAUGUGCAAUUAUUUUUAGGUUUAAAUUAAAUGUGAUUAUUUGUGGGAUUUAUAUAAAAAUGUUUAGAUGUAUAUAGGUAUCUUAAUCUUUGUUACUACUAAUAUUUAACUCAAAUAUAUUUUAUAAGUAAGA